UCGCGUCUCAUUCACAUCAUCCAUAACUCGAAGAAGAAAAAAAAAUAAAAAUUAAAAAAAAAAAUGGGAAUCAAGCUGGCAGGAAUAGCUCAUGCAAAGAAGAAACUUUGCAGAACAAUCUCAUCAUCAUCAUCAUCAUUCAAGAAUGGAAGCUUCUUCUUCCAAAUCCAGCCAUGCAUCGACGUUCCAAAAGGGCAUUUCGCAGUGUACGUGGGCGAAUCACGGAGGCGAUUCGUCGUCCCAAUAUCCUACUUGAAUCAGCCAUUGUUUAAGGAGCUGUUGCAUUUGGCUGAGGAGGAGUUUGGAUAUGAUCAUCCCACGGGAGGCCUCGUGCUCCCAUGCACAGAGGAUUAUUUCCUAUCUCUUACAACAUUGUUCAGCUCUUCUUCUUGAUCAUCAUCAUCAUCAUAUCUUUGUUUUCUCAUAGAUUUUGUUAAGGAUUUUUUUUUCUUUGGCUUUGUUUUGGUAAUAACAGUGUAGUUAAUUUCUGAGUUCGGAUUAACAGCUAAAGAAAGCUGUUGUUGUAUAUAUAUUUUUUAUUUCAAAUUUUCUCUAUUGAUUUAGCUGAAAUUUGACUGCA